CACCGCUACUUCGCGCCCCUGCUCAACGUCAUCAUCGGCUCCUGCCGAGUGUCGGGGAGCUGGAACGGGCCCUUCAAGCCCUCCUGCAGCCGGUACCCGCUGAUCAUCUUCUCCCAUGGCAUGGGAGCCUUUCGGACCGUGUACUCCUCUCUCUGCUCCGAGCUGGUGUCCUGGGGCUUCGUGGUGGCGGCGCUGGAGCACAGGGACCAUUCAGCCUCCGCGACGUAUUUCUGCACGGCGGAGGCAGGGGGCGAGGAGUGGAUCCCAUUCGGACGCGUGCCCCAGGGGCAGAAGGAGUUUUAUUUCCGAAAUAAGCAGGUUCACCAGAGAGCAGAGGAGUGCGUGCGGGUGCUACGGCUCUUCCAGGACAUCGGCAGUGGAAAAUCCAUCCCCAACAUCCUCCACCAGGACUUCGACCUCUCUGUGCUGAAG